UGCAUUGAAUUCCCAAUGCCUCCCCAAAGAAGACUGUCAACCUAACCAAUGGAGUCGACGGGACUUCUGUGAGAACAUAAAAGUGAACGAAAGAAAGAAUAUCCGAUGGAUGAUUUUUAGCUCCCAAGCUUCGUCUUUUUUCCUUACAACAGUGACACGCUUCGCAUAUGCCCUCAGAUAUUCUCUCACCUGCUUUUUUCCCUCACAGGCUUUCAUUAAAUUAAGAAUGUGGACUCCUACCACCGCCUCUUCGACUUCAACCUCGCAAUAAAUUGACGCCAACAACGCCACUACUUGCUCAGCAUCCCUGUAGGCAGUUUCCCCUGCAGAAAGGGAUCAUACCAACAUGAAAUUUGGCAAGAGAUUGAAGAGGCAGAUAGAAGAAACGCUGCCGGAAUGGAGGGACAAGUUCGUUUCCUACAAGGACCUGAAGAAGAGGGUGAGAUUGAUAUGCACCACGCUGGAGGAGGAAGCCAACAGCAAUGGCCCCGCUUCCUCUGGUUGUGCUUCGACGAGGGUGUCGGAGGAGGAGGAGGAGUUCAUCUUCCUGUUGAAUGCCGAGAUUGAGAAGUUCAAUGCCUUCUUUAUGGAGCAGGAGGAGGAGUUUGUCAUAAGGCAGAAGGAAUUGCAAGAGCGGAUUCAGAAUGUGACGGCGACGUUGGGACCAAAUGGGAGAAGGAUGUCGGAGAGCGAGUACAAAGAGGAGAUGGGGAAGUUGAGAAAGGAGAUGGUUAAUUUCCAUGGAGAGAUGGUGCUUUUGGAGAACUAUAGCAGUCUCAAUUAUACAGGUAUUGCCAAGAUCCUGAAGAAGUAUGACAAGAGAACUGGUGGUUUAUUGCGGUUGCCCUUCAUUCAGAAGGUCCUGCAGCAGCCAUUCUUCACCACGGAUCUGCUAUCGAACUUGAUCAAAGAAUGUGAGAGCACAAUGCAGACGGUAUUCCCCACAGAGAUGCAAGAAAGGACCGAGAAAACGGUGGACAUUGCAGCAAUAGAAGACAGCAUCUUCAGAAACACACUGGCUGCCUUAGUUACCAUGAGAGAGAUGAGAAGGGGUAGCUCUACUUACAGUCACUUCUCCCUUCCCCCUUUGAAUCUGGCCGAGCCUCCAGAUCAAAGUGACACGUUCACACUUCUGUCUCCUAUUCCAAUACAAUGACAACAGAAAUAUAAAUUACACGUUGUUAUA